GAUGGACGGAGAAGCACCAUGACGUCAUGGCUGGUGCUGGCCUCCCUGUGCGGCACGUUAGCGGUGACGUCAGCCCAGCCCUGUGCUUCCGGCUGCACCUGCUUCGGCCCGAUGAUGGUCUGCAACAGCGCCGGUCUCAGGAACGUACCACAGAACAUCCCCUCAUCAACAACACAUCUCUACCUGAAAAACAACCGGAUCUCCAUCAUCUACAGAGAGGCGUUCUUAGAAGCACCGAAACUCUCCGUUCUCCAUCUUGGAAACAAUUUCCUCAGUAACCCGUUCAUCCAAGAAGGCAGCUUCGACAAUCUGGUCAAUCUUGAGACCAUCGUUCUUUCCGAUAACAAGUUGUCGUCCUUUCCCUAUCGGAAGUUGCGAGGACUGCAGGCAAUGCUCCAGAACUUGGACCUCUCAGGUAACCUCAUCAGGCGGAUAGAACCCGGCGUGUUAUCCCAGUUCAAAAACCUACGGGAACUUCUGCUAGCCAGAACCGGUCUGAACGAGAUCUCGCCAGAUACAUUCCUGGGGCCAGCGCUCUUACAGACUUUGAACUUGGACUUCAACAACCUGUCUGUCGUUCCUACAGUUGCUCUUCAACAGCUUGGCGAACUGAAAAAACUCAGCCUCCGAGGGAACCCUAUAACCGAGGUAGCUUUCGAGGGUCUUCCUGUUUUGAAAUAUCUGGACCUUGGCGAGAUGAAGUUAACAGAGCUAGGCGAGGACGUCUUCCAGUCAAUGCCGUAUCUGGUAAUUCUACUCCUCGAUGGGAACACAUUGUUGAGCCAAGUCGACCCCAGUGCCUUCUUGUCAUUGACUAGGUUAAAAUAUCUGACUCUGCACAACUGUGGACUAGUUUCGCUCCCUCCAACCACACUGGACACCAUGUGGUCGCUACAAUCUAUUUCACUCAACCAGAACCCAUACCGGUGCGAUCCGGAUAUUUGCGGUAUGGUCUGGUGGAUGGAAGAAACGGAAGUGGAGCUUCUAAACAGAGACAACAUCACCUGCAGCCAACCCAGUGGUUGGGAAGGCAUGCACGUAAAUGUAACGAUCGCGGAAGGAGUUUGCAAACCGGAACCGGAAAUCAUAACUCCGGAAGAGCCGGAGACUGAGGUGACGGACAACGAUACCGAACUAAUUGAGGAGAACUUUGAUCCACCUCCAGUUGACGUAGAAAAUGAGAAAGGUGAUGACGUGGAUGAUAGCGAUGAUGAUGAUGAUGGUACUGAUGAGGAGCAAGUAAUAGCGAAUACCUUGACGGCAAAUGGAAAGGUAGAAAACGGAGGAGAGGAAAGGGCAAAUGUAGUCACCGAUGCUCCGAUAACAGAAAACGAAGGAAAGGAAACGGUCAAUGAGGUUACCGAUGCUCCAAUCAGCAGCCCAGAAGAGCAGCAUAGCGUGGAAGACGAAAAUAAAUCAAGAGAAACAACAAUUACAGUUGUAGGUCGCCCGGAUUCUCCGACUAUCAUUCCAAACGAGACACCUACAGAGAAAGAUAUCGUAGCUGAGAGCACAAAGACAACAACAGAGCCAAAAACAAACGUUGAUGCUCCAAACGGAGAAGAGAUGGAAAGUUCCAAAUCCACAGAUGUAGUAGACAAUAAUACUGAAAAGCCACUCCCACAACCAUCAAUCAACCUUACAGAGAGGCAAGAGUUAAAAUCACCAGAGUCAGAGGGUAGAAAGGCGGAACCAGAAACAGAAGCGCCAACCGAUCCUGUAGCUACAACUCCGCGGAAGAAAAAGACGAAGGCCAAACCGACGACAUCUUACGAAUGGGGAGGAACUGAUUUUCCAGACGAGCGGACGAUAUAUAACGAAUGUCCCCAAGGUUGCAGAUUCUUCGUGGGCUAG